CUCUUAUCAAUCAUCCAAUCGUCUUCUUCUUUCUCUGUUAAAUAUCAAAAAAUGGGCUUCGUAAAUGUAACCAUCCUUCUCCUAGCGAUGAUGAUCGGCGUUUCGUACGCUGUCGACAUGUCGAUCAUCUCAUACGACGAGAAGCGCCACAUCUCCGCCGUCAACGGCCGGAGCGACGCCGAGGUUUCAAAAAUCUACGAGGAGUGGAUGGAGAAACACGGAAAGAAGAAGAUGAUGACGCAGAACAACGGUCUUGUCACGGAUCAGAGAUUCGAGAUCUUCAAAGACAAUCUUCGUUUCAUCGACGAACACAACAACAAAAACCUCAGUUACAAACUCGGUUUAACCCGGUUCGCUGAUCUAACCAACGAUGAGUACCGAUCUAUCUACCUCGGUGCUAAACCGAAGAAGAGAGUUCUCAAAACCAGCGAUCGAUAUGAGCCGCGUGUUGGCGACGCGCUUCCUGCUUCCGUUGACUGGAGAAAAGAAGGUGCCGUCGCCGCCGUCAAAGAUCAGGGAAGCUGCGGGAGUUGUUGGGCAUUUUCAACCAUUGGAGCUGUGGAAGGAAUAAACAAGAUUGUGACAGGAGACUUAAUCUCUUUGUCUGAACAAGAACUAGUAGAUUGUGACACAUCUUACAACCAAGGCUGUAAUGGAGGUUUGAUGGACUAUGCGUUUGAGUUCAUUAUUAAAAAUGGUGGUAUUGAUACUGAAGAGGAUUAUCCAUACAAAGCUGCGGAUGGCCGUUGUGAUCAGAACAGGAAAAACGCAAAGGUUGUCAAAAUUGACGGUUAUGAGGAUGUGCCGGAGAACAACGAGGCGGCUCUUAAGAAAGCUUUGGCUAAUCAGCCUAUUAGUGUUGCCAUUGAAGCUGGUGGUCGUGCCUUCCAGCUCUAUUCUUCGGGUGUAUUUGAUGGAACCUGUGGAACGGAGUUAGACCAUGGAGUUGUAGCUGUGGGUUACGGAACUGAGGACGGAAAGGAUUACUGGAUUGUGAGAAACUCAUGGGGAGGAAGCUGGGGAGAGAGCGGAUACAUAAAGAUGGCACGUAACAUUGCAGAGCCCACAGGAAAGUGUGGAAUCACCAUGGAGGCUUCGUAUCCGAUCAAGAAAGGUCAGAACCCACCAAACCCUGGACCAUCCCCUCCAUCUCCCAUCAAGCCACCGACCAAGUGUGACAAAUAUUACUCUUGCCCAAAGGGAAACACUUGUUGUUGUCUCUUCAAGUACGGUAAGUACUGCUUCGGUUGGGGAUGUUGCCCUCUUGAAGCUGCCACUUGCUGCGAUGAUAACACUAGUUGCUGUCCUCAUGAGUACCCUGUUUGCAAUGGCGAUACCUGUUUGAUGAGCAAGAACAGUCCAUUCAGCGUUAAGGCUUUGAAGCGUACACCCGCAAAGCCGUUCUGGGCACAUAGCAGAAAGAACAUGGCUUAAGAGAAAGAAGACGAACAUAAUUGAAGAAUUCAUUCCUCAAGAGACAGAGAGAAUUCAUCAAAAAAAUCUUUCUUAUUGUUGUUGUUCUGAUUAAUUUAAAAUUGCUGAUUCUGCUGCCUAGGGUUUCUGUACAUAUAAAACCUCUCCGAAAUUUCAUUCGCUUUCAUCAUUGUUAACAAACUCAAACAAAAUGGGUUUUGUUAUUAAUCUUAAACUUGGUAUUUAUCGGUU